AUGGCCGGAAAGUCGAUUUUCCUGCGACGGCUCAUCGAUAAGGAUUCUCGUUCGCUGUCCCGCCGCCCCGAGCCCUUGCUUCUUCCUCGAGUACGUCCCAUCGCACGCACGCAGACGAUCCCGCUCACCUUCCCAGCCAGCCACCCGCACCCGAAUGUCCGCCCCCGAGCUCUUCGUCCGCCCCGCAGGCCCCGCGGACCAGCCGGCGUGAACCGGAUCUGCCUCCUCACCGGGGACGCCGGCCAGUCCGCCGAGGGCCUGCACACCUUCGGGGAGCUCAUCGGCCUCGUCUACGCCGACCCCUACCUCCACGACCUCCCCGGCUGCUUCGCCUUCGUCCUCGUCGACCCUGCCGCGACGCCCGAUCCUUCCCUCCCCCCCUCCCCCUCCUCCCCCCGCCGCGCGCGCGACCUGGUUCCCGCCCCUCCUCGAGCGCUAUCCCCCGCGGGCCCCACCGCGCUCCCCGCCGACGCGCGCUACAUCGCCCAGCUCGCCGACCUGCCCGCCGCGGACCCCGCCGCGGUCGCGUUCUCGCCCGCGCACAUGCACCACCUCCGCGCGCGGCACGGGCUCGAGCGCCUCUGGCUCGGCUACGACGCCCGGAACGACGGCGCCGCGCGGUUCUACGCCCGCCUCGGGUACAAGCACAUCCCCGACGCGCCGGAGUGGGUCGUCGGGCUCGAGUUCGCGGACCUGUCGAAGGGCGCGGCGUAG